GGCUCGGCUUAAAGCGGCUCCCAGUGCAGAGGUGACCACAUGCUAUCAGAUUAUGAUAAUGGCUGGUCGUUAAAAAAAGGCUGAAUGCUGUUUUUAAUAGAGAAUAUAACGCGGUCUAAGUAGCGGGGAACUCGCGGCGACUGUCAUGUGAAGUGUCAGUUUGUAACAUGACUCAGAGCGUCACAGGCGGAAGGUCACGGAGCAGCGGAACGGAACGGAAGCGGGAGUAAAAAGCCUAUCCGCCAUUGUGGAAAAUGACACACAGUCUCCGUUUCUAACAACGAGAAGAAGCAGCAGAUCGUCGUCGGGUCCGAACCACGGGAGGAAGGAGAAGAAGAAAAGAAGAAGAAGAAGAAGAAGAAGAAGCCCCGCCGCCGUGUAACCGUUACAGAGGGAUUGGACGACCCGAGAGACGAGCCAGGAAAAGCACCGGAGUGCAGCGAGAGGCAGAGGAGGUGGGGUGGGGGGGGGGAAGCCGAGGACAGUCUCACAAACAGCUCUCAGUUUCGCUUCCUGGAGGAUGUCUGCGACCACAGUCGAUCAGAGACCUAAAGGACAAGGAAAUAAAGUGCAAAACGGAUCAAUGCAUCAAAAGGAUGGUGUUAAUGAGGAUGAUUUUGAGCCUUAUCUAAGCGGCCAGACUAAUCAGGGUAACAGCUAUCCACCAAUGUCUGACCCCUACAUGCCCAGCUAUUAUGCUCCAUCCAUUGGUUUCCCUUACUCUCUGGGAGAGGCUGCUUGGUCCACAGCAGGAGACCCUCCUAUGCCCUACCUAACCGCCUAUGGACAGAUGAGCAAUGGCGAGCCCCACUUCAUCCCUGACGGUGUGUUUAGCCAGCCAGGUGCCCUUGGGAACACCCCUCCCUUUCUGGGCCAGCAUGGCUUCAACUUCUUCCCUGGUAAUGCAGACUAUUCCACCUGGGGUACCAGUGUCUCUCAGGGUCAAUCCACACAGAACUCAGUAUACAGUAACAGCUAUGGGUAUGCCCCCAGCUCGCUGGGUCGGGCCAUCACGGAUGGACAGGCGGGCUUUGGAAGCGACACCCAGCUUAGUAAAGUCCCGGUGCUGAACAGCAUUGAGCAAGGUAUGACAGGCUUAAAACUGGGUGCGGACAUGGUGGCAGCUGUCACUAAAACCGUGGGUUCACCCCUAGGGGGCACAGCAGGUAUGAGCAGCAUGGCAGCCAAUAGCCUCCCUCCGUCUGUCAGCUCAUCUGCACCUAAACCUGCCUCCUGGGCGGCCAUUGCCAAGAAGCCGGCCAAGCCACAGCCCAAGGUCAAACCCAAAGCCAACAUGGGGAUGGGGGGAGGUGCCAUUCCCCCACCCCCCAUAAAGCACAAUAUGAACAUUGGUACUUGGGACGAGAAGGGCUCUCUAAACAAGCCUCCAUUAGUUCAGAAUAUGAUGCCCCCGCAGCCUAUGGUGCAGCAGCCUCUCCUAGCUCAGCCCCAGCCCUUACUGCAAAACCCGUUGCCUCCUCCGCCUCAACACCAACACCAACAUCAACAUCAGCCCCAACAUCAACAUCAACAUCAACAUCAGCCCCAACAUCAACAUCAACAUCAACACCAACAUCAACAUCAGCCCCAACACCAACACCAGCACCAGCCCUUCCAGCUUCAUUCUCUGCAGUCCCCCCAACACCCCCAGCCUAUGCCUCCUGGCCAUCCACACAUGCACCUCUCCUCUCAACCUGGCCCCCCACCGCCCCUUCAUCAGCAACAACCCCAGCAGCCUGGUCCUCCCCCCAACCGUUGGGUGGCUCCCAGGAACCGGGGUGAGGGCUUUGGUUUGGGUGGGGGACUCCCACUUAGUGCCUCCCCUUGCUCUGGAGAAGUGCAUCCCGUGUUGGAGAAACUCCGUGUCCUCAACAACUACAACCCCAAAGACUUUGACUGGAACUUGAAAAAUGGACGCGUCUUCAUUAUCAAGAGCUAUUCUGAAGAUGACAUCCACCGCUCAAUCAAGUACUCUAUCUGGUGCAGUACAGAACAUGGCAACAAGCGUCUGGAUGGUGCCUACCGCUCACUGGGCAACAAGGGGCCCCUGUACCUGUUGUUCAGCGUCAACGGCAGUGGCCACUUCUGUGGUGUGGCGGAGAUGCGCUCACCAGUGGACUACAAUGCCUAUGCAGGCGUCUGGUCUCAGGACAAGUGGAAGGGCAAGUUUGAGGUGAAGUGGGCAUUCAUCAAAGACGUGCCCAACAACCAGCUGCGACACAUCCGGCUGGAGAACAAUGACAACAAGCCAGUAACCAACUCCAGGGACACUCAGGAAGUGCCUCUGGAAAAGGCCAAACAAGUGCUUAAAAUUAUCGCCACUUACAAGCAUACCACCUCAAUCUUUGAUGACUUUGCACAUUAUGAGAAACGUCAGGAAGAGGAGGAGGCUCUGAGGAAGGAGCGCAAUAGAAAUAAACAGUAACCUUCAAGCAAGCUCUCUGCUAGAACUGCAACACUAAUGAUGUAGGACCUUAAAUAAAAAUUUGCCUAACCACAAGGAGGAAAGGCUCUCUCAAAUCUUUCCGCUGAAGACGACAAUGUAUCUGAACACUUCAACAUGACAAUAGAUGGACUCAUCUGUAUCCGUUGACUGGCGCACCAAACCCUGUGUUCCUGUCUCACGAGAAAAACGUAACCCACUUUUAAAAAAUCUGUCUUUUUAAAGCACUUUCAGUCCUCCUAAACGGCCUCUACCAGUACCCUUAACUCUCUAAUUAUGUGUUCUUCUUUGAUUUUGUUUGAGAGCAACUAACUGACUAACCGAAGUAGUCAGAAGAUUUCACCAGGCUUAUUUGUAGUUUUUUUUUUUUCUUUCUUUUUUUUAAUGCCUCCAAAAGGGGAUAUUGGUGAGCUUCAUCAGCUCCUGAAAAAUAAUUAAAGUUCUGUAUGAUUUAAUCUUUUACUUGAAUCUGUAUUCAACCGUCUGAUCCCAGUCCUCAGAAAGAGGUGGGAUGAAUUAAUUGCUAAACAGCCACAAUCAUGCCCAUCAUAGGAUGUAUCCUCCCUCUCUACCUGUUCCCUUCCUUUCUGCAUCUGUUUCUGUGUACCUAAAGAUUACAAUUAUGCAGCGGGCCUAGCAACACCGGCCAAUGCACAUCUUUGUUUUUUGUUUUUUUUCUCUAUCUUGUGAUUCUGUCAUUCUGAAGUGCAUUUGUCUGAGGAGAAACCUGCUGCUCUUGUAGAACUAGCGCUGGCCUCCUUGGGUCCUGUGGGUGACUGUCUUUGCUCUGAUGUUGAUGUACUGUAUCGUACCUCAGGCUCAAUCAGACUGUCUGUCCUUAACAACUCUAAGCACCUUUGGGGGAAUCCUCACAUCAACCCUCCUGCUAGGCUUGAAUGUGAUUUCCCCCAAAACGGCACGACAUCAACUGCAAGGAUGUGACAGUUUUCUCCUCUAGGUAACUCACUAGCUAAAUAAAAAUGAUCCAUGUUUAGCGCAAACCA